ACGAAAACCAACCAUACCAAGAGAAUUCUCACUUCUUCUUUCUCCAUUCUCUCGCUUUACUUACACCCAUCUACCCACCUUAUAACAACCCAACCAAAUCAACCAACCAUGAGCGAUCUUAACUGGUGCACCUACUGUGACAGUGCCAUCAGUCCAUUUUCGAAUUCACUUUACUGCUCGGAAGAUUGUCUUCGAAGUGAUGCUUUAAAUCAUCAUCCGUUGCUCGGUUACGAUUAUGCAGAACUCAAAGAUUUCCCUCGGUCGAUUCCUACACUUUCCUCUUCGGCAUCGUCGGUGGCCUCGGACGAAAGUGAUGAAGUUUUAUCACCCAUCAUGCUAGCGUACCCAUCCUCGUCGUCCUCAUCUCGUAUCCAAAUCCCUUCCCCUCCUAUUUUCGAACUUGUCUCUUCCUCGACCACUACCGCACCCAGUAUUGUCACGGCAACCGGAACCAGCACGACGACUACCACCAUGAAACGAUCCGCUUUCUUCAUCUAAACCUUUUUUUUAUUACACCACACACAUAUCACUAUCUCUUACAUCGCUUCUAAUCACAUUCACUGUUUCCGUUUUCCGUACCUCCCAACCCCCCUUUUUUUUGUUCAUCU